AUGGAGGCUGCAGUGGCGCUGCUGAGCCAGGACGUCCUGGGGCUGCAGGACGUCUGCACCCAGCUCAGCGUGAAGCUGGAGCGCAGCGAACAGAGGGGUGAUGCACUGCAGCAACAGCUGGAUGCGGUGCAGACGGAGCUAAGGCUGCAGGCGCGCCGCAUAUCCGUCGCCGCCCAGCUUUCCCUGCCGCUAGGCCAGCUAUCGGCAGCGCCAGGAGGGGUUGGCAGUGGGGUAGGCGGCUCGGCGGUCCAGAGCCCGCGCAGCCCGCGCAUCGCAGGGCCCAUGGCGCAGGUUGGCGCAGGCCUCCCUCCGCCCAGCAGCUGCAACACCCCACGUGGCGCAAAGGGCAGCGGGCCACCCUCACAGCGUGCCGGUGUGCUUCCCGCAGCGGAGGGCGUUCUUGCGAGCUCCAGGGCCGCCGUGAGCUCCUCUGGCGCUGGAGGCCCCGCCAUAGAGCCCAGCAGCACUGCGGCUGGCAAGGCUGCGGCGGGAGCCGCGCCCACGGCCGCCGGCAGUGCAGUGGAGCGACAGGCAGCGUCCAGCGGCGUCGCAGAUAUGAAGGGGUCGGCGGCGGUGCGGCGCACGCCGGGCGGCGAAGUGGGCGCGUUUGGAUUGCUAGAGAGUUGGGGCCAGGGGGCGCUGGACCAAUGCCCGAUGGCGUGUGAGGCGCUCUCGGAAGCAAAGGCUGCUGCCGCUGCUGCCGCCGACGCCCUGGCAGCGGCGCAGCACGCGGGCCGCGAGGUGCAAGAGAGCGACCAGCAGCUCAGGGCAGCGGUCGGACGCCUGGAGCACGACUGCGCACAGGCCUCGGCAGCGGUAUCGCGCCUGGGCGCAGAACUGGCAGCGGCGCACAGCGAAGGGGCCCACGUCGCAGACAGCGUGGGGUUGCAGCAGCAGCGGCAGGCCCAGCUGGAGGACGGCCUGCGGGCGCUGGACGCUCGGGCGGCGGCUGCGGAGGACGAGGCGGCGGCAGCCUCGGCUGCAGCUGAACAGCGGUGGCGGGAAUUGCAGGCGAGCACCAACCAGCUGGGUGUGAAGGUGGAGGGACAGCUGCAGCAGCUGCAUGCAGCGCUCGACACCCAGCGCUCAGCGACCAAGGCAUUCUCCGCGCACUGCAACAACGCGCACGAGCGGUGCGAGGAGCUGCGACGCGGCCUUGCCGCGCUGUCAGGGCGCACGGAUGCGUCGGUGCAGCAGCUGCGGGAGCAAACGAGCGCUGCCGUCACCAGGCUUGACCGUGCAGAAGCAUCACUGCUGCAGCUUGGAGAUCAGGCGGGGCGCCUGUCCGGGGCGGUGCAGCGCGCAGACCUGGAGGCGGCGGUCGCCGCAGCAGCGGCAGUGGCGGCGCAGGAGGCCGGGGGCUUGAGGGGGGCAGUGGCAGGGCUGGAGGCGCGGCUGGAGGCGCUGCCAGGGGCACUGGCCGGGCGGGAGGAGGCAGUGCUCAAGGUUGACCUGCGCCGCAAGCUGUCCAAGGUUCGCAGCGACUUUGACGCGGCCCUCGCGGCAGUCCAGCGCGCCGCCUCGGAGAAUGCAAAGGCGGCGGUCGCAGGCAUGCAACCGCGGGAAGCCGCCCGGCAGCUGGAGGGGCGGCUGGACGCGCUGGAGGCGGCGCUGCCGAGGGGGCUGCGGGUGCUGGGGGAGAAGGCCGCGGCGGCCCUGAUGAUGAAGGCAGAUGAGGUGGCCCUGGAGGAGCUGAGGCGGCGGCUGGAGGACACUGCAGCACGCGCAGCAGCAAGGGCGGCGGCGGCGGAAGCGGCGGCCUCGGCUGCGGCGGAGGCGGCGGCACAGGCGGAGCACGCCGCUGAGCGCGCAGGCGGGAUGACGGGCGUCGCUGCCAUGGCUAGUGACACCCACCUGCAGCUGCUGUUUUGCUGCGCCCACGAGGUCGAAUCGUUGCUGCUGGCAGCGCACCGGCUGCGGCAGCUGUCACCAGAGCUCGCCCUCGAGGGGUCCAUCGAGGGUGCUGUGGUGGCAUGCCUCAACUUGGACGGCAGCGUGGCGCUGCGCAGCGUGGUGGCGGUGCUGCGUCUGACACUCGCGUGUGAUGGCACGAUCGACAGGGAGUCAACACUGCUGCGCCUGUGGCCGGGCGAGGCGGUGCCUGUCGCCCUCAGCCGGCUGCUCAGCCAGAGCGGCCUCGCAGCAGCAGCACCGGCGGUGUGGUCGGCGGCGUUGACGGCAUUCAGACAGGCCGAGAAGGUGUAUCAUGCGGGCAGAGGCAGCAACAUCGCUAGCAGCAGUGCAUACGGCGGUGGCGCGCACCUGGGGGACCGCGCGUCAUGCGUGCUGGUUGCCCUGCGCCUGGCCAAGCUGGCGCUGCUGCAGCAGCCGCUGGCGGAGCUGUCGGCCCUGAUGCAGCAGGCUGGGGCUUCGCUGGGUGACGCUGUGGCGCUGCUGGGUGCAAAUAUUGGCGGCAGCCACGGCGGCGGCGUCGCUGCUGGGUUGCCGCCUGCCCUGCGCUCAGAGGCCCUUCGACUGGUACACACAGUGGCGGUGUCGCGCUGCCAGCCGCCCGAUACCGAGGCGUUGCAGGCGCUGCUGCAGCAGCUGCACCAGACAGAGCAGGCGCCUGGCGCUUGGGGCAAGCAAGACCAGCAGGCACAGCAACAGCAGCAGCAGCAGCAGCAGCAGCAGCCGCAGCAUUGGGAGCAGCAGCAGCAGGAGAAGCAGCAGCAGCACCACCAGCAGGAGCAGCAGCAGCAGCAGUGGGAGCAGCGGCAGGAGUGGCGGCGGCGGCAGCAGCAGCAGCAGCAGCAGCAGCAGCAGCAGCAGCAGCAGCCGCAGCCGCAGCAUUGGGAGCAGCAGCAGCAGCAGGAGAAGCAGCAGCAGCACCACCAGCAGGAGGAGCAGCAGCAGUGGGAGCAGCAGCAGGAGUGGCGGCGGCGGCAGGAGCAGCAGCAGCAGCAGCAGCAGCAGCAGCAGCAGCAGCAGCAGCAGCAGCAGCAGCAGUUGCAGCAACAGCAGCAGCAGCAGCGCAUGGAGGAGCGGCCACACAUGUUGCAGCGCGACUGCGACGAUGGCUUUGCCAGAGAUUCCAGCGACGAGAGCAGCCGCCACCGCAGCUGCAGCAGCCAGCGCACACCCAGUCGCAGCCGCAGCAGCAGCGUGGAUGCGGGCAGCUUCCAAGCCCCGCUCGCGGAUCCCACGGCCGUGCGGCGCUGGGUGCGCGCGCUGCCCCCAGGCCACGAGGCUCGGAAGGAGCUCUUUGUGUUGGAGUGCAUGCGGCACGGCGGCGGCUUCCCCCGAUUUGUGGAGAACACUGCGCACCGUUGCGAGCUGUCUGAGUUGAUGCUGGCCCUGAGCAUCAUCUGCGCCGCCAGCCUGUACGGCUGGCCGCCGCAGCCGCACGCGGCGCAAUGGCGGCCUGGGCACCGCGCCUGGCGGCAGGAGAUUGGGCUUCAGGUCGCGGUGGACCUCGGUGUUUUGUGGGAGAUGCUGCCGCAGGCGGUGCAGGGGUUGAUCCACAGACAUUUCGGAGGCGGCGGGGGCGGCGCUGCAGCCGGCGAUGCCGCCACUCCGUCCUCGCUGGCGCGCUUCAUCUCGCUCUGCUGCCGGGCAGUCCGCCUGGUGCGGGCACCGCCGGGCGGUGCACCAACGGCUGCUGCGCUGGCGGCCGGCUGGGACCAGCACCUGCUGAGUCACGAGCUGUUCGCGCAGGAGGUGGCUGCACUGCAGGCGUACGCUGUGGACGCUGCCGCGGCCUCGCGGGACCCAGAGCUGCCCAUUCUGACCGUGAUGGGCAUGUGCAGCCCCUCCCUGAAGCUCUACGCACAGUUGUACUGGGAGCCGGGCACCUUUGCAGCGGCCAACCUGGACGUCCAGCAGCUGGUGGUGGCACGCGCAACAGCCCGACCCAGCGCUCUCGCUGUUGUGAUGCGCCCGCAAACCUUUGCGCAGCGCCAAGGCUCUCUCAUUCGCAUCCGCGGUGGCGCAGAGCCAGGCGUCAACUUCUGGCGGGGAUCUCGCCUGCCGGAGGGGCUUGCGGCGCGGUGGCUGCGGCGAGAGGCGGACAAGGCUGCCGCCAGGCAGCAGCGGCGGCGGCAGCGGCAGCAGGAGGAGGAGGGAGAGGUGGGGCCUGAGGAAACUGGCGGGGACCCGCGGGCGGCGGGGGCGCUGGGCGCGCGGCGUUCGCCGUCGCCGAGGGAGGCCAAACGGCGCCGGCAGGGGGCGUCGCCAGCGCCCGCGGACGGCGUCGCUGCUGGCGAGGAGCGGCGGGCCGAGCGCGGAGAGGGCCUCGGCGAGUGGCCCGCAGGGCUGGAGCGCGGCGGCUCACCCCAAGCCGAGUACGACCCCACCGCUGAUGCCGCGGGGGCCGGACCGCGCCGCACCGUCAGCAGCAGCGGCGCCGCCGGCAGGCAGUGGACGGCGAGCGGCGAGGGCGCGCGGUCCGAGAGGGGUUGCGGCGGCCUGGCGCAGGAAUGCCUCUGCAAGCUGCGGCCUGUGAUGAAACAGAUGAAGCGGCCGCGGCUGGAGCUGGGGAAGGUUGGCAACCUCCUCAAAGGCAUCAUGGAGCGCGAGGGGGUGGGUGGACUCGCUCCUGCCUAG